GUCUGUUCGCUGUUGCUAAAAAGCUAACUAGCUAGCUGCUAAGCUAGCGCGGAGAAAGGCAGCGCCGGUCAGUAAGAAGCUACUCCUACAGACCGCGACCACUUCCCUGAGGACAGCAGGAACUUCACUCGGUGACAGAAAACACUGUGAGUAAUGGCUUCCUGCGCGUCUUGCACCAUACUCACGGAGAGGUUGGCUCUGCUAGAGGGCCGUGUCCGCCAGUUAGAGCAGAGUAAUGUCGUAACUUUAGAUGUUGCGGACACAUCUGCUAGCGUUAGCUGUAGCGAGCUAACUAGCCCAGCUUGUAGCAGUCCUAAGCGGCCUACAAGCUACGGUGUACCGGUUGAGACGCAUAAUAGAUUUAGCUCUUUAGCUAGUCCUACACCCCAGUCUACCGGGCACCACACCUUAGUUAUAGGGGACUCCAUCACCCGAAACAUAAAGCUUAGCAAACCAGCCACAAUAAAGUGUAUCCCCGGGGCCAGAGCACCUGACAUUGAAGCUAAUCUUAGGGAGCUAACUCGCAACAGGCCUAGUAAACACGUACGACAGGCUAAUCGCACCACUAAUUAUGCGAAUAUAGUUGUACACGUUGGCUCCAAUGACACUAGAAUGAGACAGUCAGAGAUUACAAAGAGAAACAUAGCCAGGACUUGUGAUCUCGCCAGAAAGAUGUCCAGGCAUCGAGUAAUUGUCUCUGGCCCCCUGCCUGCGAGAGGCAAUGAUGAGAGAUAUAGCAGAUUAGUCUCGCUUAACAAGUGGUUGGCUAGCUACUGUAGGACGCAGGGACUAACGUUUAUUGAUAACUGGCCCUCUUUCUGGGGCAAACCAGGCUUGCUGAUGAGAGACGGCCUUCACCCUAACCAGGAAGGCGCCAUCAUCCUGUCUAGAAACAUAGACUACUAUUUAAGUCUCACUUGACUGACUACACUAGAGCAAGCCGGUCACAGGCAAUUACAAUGUCUGUUAGUCCGGGUGAGGAGUCAGUUAAGCUAGAACUAGCCAGCGCCAGGCUGGAUAAUCCAUGUACGCAUAGCAAUUCUCUUAGAAUAAUACACAAUUCACAUAAUGUUUUUUCUGUUGUGUCUGUGUCAGAGGUGGACAUGCAUUCUACUGAGGUGGCAAAGUAUGAUAUGUCCAGUCUAUUGCAGCACCAAGCAAACA